AUGUCCUACCUACUUCCAAUCCAUUUAAUGACUUAUGGUUACACCUUUGGGUCAACAACUUUCCAUUCGUUUGUUGCCUCUUUCAAGGCAAUUGAGACACUUCCCCGCCGUGAGUUUGGGGAGUUUCAGGGUAAAGUUCUGCCAAUACAAUUUGUUACCCAAUCAGUUGCCCCGAUUAUUAUUGGCUUAACGGCACCAUACACUAUUUCCACACUUGGCCUUGGAUUGCUAGGAGUUUCAGCAUUGGGCGGCAUUGCCAAUAUUGCCUACUUAACACCUAAAUGUGCUCAUUUCAAAACUAAACGUUGGGAAAUUGUUGAUACCAAAUACAACGGUGACAAUGAAGCAGCUGUUAAGAGCGGUGAGGUUUCUGCGCUUGAUAAACAGUUUGGAAAGUUCCAUGGCAUGAGUAUGGGUGCUAAUUUGUUAAGUAUUGUUGCAUUAACCGCCUAUGGAUUCAUUUUGAGUGGCCAUCUCAAGGUUAUUUAA